CCACCAUCGCGCUCUUUGAGAGGAGGUUACGUCCUCGUCCUCGUCCUGGCCAAUAGGAGUAACGCGCGAGCGCUGCGCGAGCGCCGCUCGGCUUGUUUAUAAAGCGCUGGAGGAGUAAUGAAGAGGCUGAGGGAGGCGGUGUGAGCGCGCGGAGACGCGGAGCGCCGGGGUCAAUGGGAAACCUGCUGGGCGCUCUGAGGUACAGGGAGCCGAGCACCGUGGAGGAAUGCGACUCGACGUGGGAGACGGACUCGGAGAGGGACGAGCAGGACAGCGGGGUGACCGAGUCAGGGCACUGUGGAGACGAACAGGACGGCGUCCCUCAGUUCAAUGACAUAGCUGAGUCAUCCACUAAGAUGAAAAGAAGCUUUUAUGCUGCCAAGGACCUGUACAAGUACCGCCACAGUUAUCCGAAUUACAAGGAGCCUCGACUGAGAAAUGAGUACCGCAAUCUGAGAUUCUAUCUGAAUAAGAUCCCUUUGGUUCCAGAUGGAAUCUAUGUUGAAGAAAUCCUCACCAAAUGGAAAGGGGACUACGACAAGCUUGAGCACAAUCACACAUAUAUACAGUGGCUUUUCCCACUCAGGGAACAAGGCCUCAAUUUCUAUGCCCAUGAACUCACUCAGGAUGAGAUUAAGGAAUUCCACAAUACUCAAGAAGCCAAGCGGCGCUUUGUGCUGGCAUAUGCCAUAAUGCUGGACUUCUUUGGGAUCAAGCUCUUAGAUAAGAAUGGAAACGUAGCCCGGGCUGCAAACUGGAAAGAUCGCUUCCUGCACCUGAAUGAGUCUCAGCACAACUACCUGCGGAUCACGCGCAUCCUGAAGAGCCUGGGCGAGCUGGGCUUUGAAAGCUACAAGAUGCCUCUGGUGCACCUGCUGUUGGAGGAGGCACUGGUGAAGGGCACGCUGGCAAACAUGCGCCACAGUGCUCUUGAGUACUUUGUCUACACACUGCGAAAGCACAGUGAGAGACGUGCACUGCUGCGCUUUGCCCAGCGCCACUACCAACCUCCUGAGAACUUCAUCUGGGGGCCUCCGAAGAGAAGAAGCUCCCCUGGGACAAGGGCAGGCAAAACGGAGUCCCCACUGGACAGCAGUGUAAGAAUGACUAAAGCUCUAAAGCAUGGGAGUCCAAACAGGCCAGAUGAAGAGAUAGAAGGGCUGGGUGGGAGAGAAGUAGGGGAGUGGAAAACAACAAAGUUGUCUCUGAGCCAUCACCAGGGUAGAGGAGAUGCAGAGGACUACAUUGAAACUGUAGCUCUUUGAGAAUGGAAUGAGGAAUAGAGAAAAUGCGUCUGAUGUUAGGAGCAACAGCGUUGGGGAUUAGUAACGAACGAGUGUGGCUCAAAGCAAUAUUAUUCCCUGUCUUGGCCUUCAACGAAUAGCAAUUGUUACUCUUUGGCUCUUUUUGUAAAACAAUAUCAAAAAACCAAUUUUCAUUUGGUUUACGAUGAGGCAUUAAAUAUCAGCUGAUGAUUUUUUUACUGUUUUGCUAAAACUGCCUCAAUCUGUUAUUCUUCUUAAACGAUCUUUAGCAAACAGAAGUGUAGAUGGGAUUUAUUACUUAACUUGAUUGUGUGUGUGUGUGUGUGUGUGUGUGUGUGUGUGUGUGUGUGUGUGUGUGUGUGCCGCUCCUUUGUUUAUCCAGUCUUCCUCUGUGACAUUUUGUGGGGUUAAGAUGGACUCCAGGCUUUAAGUGAGUCUUCUGAGCCUUAGACUUAGAGCUGAGCAAGGUUUAUUUAGAAUAGAAAUAUAAGUACUAUAGCAGUCAAAAUUAAUCAGGCUACAAUGCAUUAACACAAUAUAUUCUAUAGCAUCACCUUUAAAAAUCCUUUUAAUGCAUUUUCCUUGUGGGAUCUUUUUUGCCCAAUUAUAUUCAAAUACUGAUGUAGUCAUUUUUUUUUAAACUAGAGGUAGAGACUAAUGGACAUCAUAGUAUAACUAUUUUCAUCUUGUGAAUAACCUUCACAUCCACAUGCACGGCCACUAUAAUAAACUGAAAUAGGACUAUGCUGAAGUGUGUGAGGAAAGCAGUGGAACGGUAAAGGAGAAUGUUAGCUCACUUGGUACAGAUUAAUACAGAUAAGCCUGCACUGAAUAUAGUUUUUACGGAAGAGUUUUUUCUUUGCAGCAAAAGAUCCUUUGAACAGGGGAUUUCAAGUCAAACUGGGACUGCAGAAUAACAGAACACACUUACUGUAUAAAAGUAAAAACUAGCUUUAUUUCUCUAUAUAGUCCCUUCUACACUAAUGCACUUAUCCCAGCAUUUUACUAGUACUUGGAUACUAUCACGGUAGAAAGUUUUCUCAGUACACAGGAGCUAUGAUCGGAGCUAUGAAGCUCCUUUAAUGGCACAAACCUGCGGAAAUCGAUUGAAGCGAUGUCCGGAUUGUACAUGGGAUGUGGCAGUAACUCCCAGCCGACCCAGCCGACUUCCUGUAAAUUGCAAGAGGUGUCUGUGAAUGAUCGUGUCUCUUCCGCAAGUCAGUGACGCAGUUUUAUUGAUUUUCAAGGAACAUGAAUUCCACUAUCUGACUGUUCAUGGGAAUGACUGCAGUGGGCUCCGAGCCACAUCGACUGGGAUUCUCAUUCACAAACGUACUGCCUUCUUGAAAAUGUUUGCACUGUUCAAAUGUUUUACUGCAGCUAAGAGUCUCAUCUGUACUUGUGAGUAAGUCCCAGUUUGAUUUGAACAUCCCUCCUAGUUGCUAAGCUAGAUAAAGUAUGGCAGGGAAAUGUGGAAAUUAUGAACAAGAAUAAUUAUUAACUAUAUAUAAAAAUGUGUACUUGACAUUUUUUAUUUGAUUUAUUUGGCAACCACAGUUGGAACAUCACACUUUAAUAAGUAGCAUAUUUUAAAUAUCACAGACUCUUAGCACUGUCUCAAGUGUGUAUGUGUGUGUGUGUAUGUGUGUGAUUAAUCCUGAGUUUGUGCAGUGUCUUAUAUCAAGUGCCUCAAUCUUCAGUCUGUGAGUUAGCCAACGUCUGUAAGGACAAUCAGAAACGAGGUCACUGACCUCUGAGUGAGAAACAGUUGUGCUUUGAUAUGUAAAAUGUUUAUUGAAUUUAUGGAUUUUCCUAUUCAAGUACAUAUAUACGAAAGCUGUGCUGUGCUUCAGUGUGUACAUGCCAGAUUGUGGGAUAACACGAGAGUUAAGUGCAUGUGUUUAUGUUCGAAUUUCCGUCUGCACUAUCAGCCAUUUCUAUGACAAGCACACAGAGGAGUAAGGGAAGAUUACAGCUCCUGUACACUCCUCUCAUUCCCUCCCUCUUCUCUCUUCGUGUGUAUAUGCAUGCCUUGUUGGUACAUAUUUCCCACUGCAUCCUCUCACACAGGUAGCAGGAAAAACAAGGCCAUCUGUUUCCUGGACUCCCCCCUGCAGUAACUCACAUUCAAAAGAACUGUAGCAUGAGCAGCACAAACACUUCUCGACGCAACACUAGGACUCUUAUUUUAAUGUUUUCUGUAAGUUACUUAUGUGGAUUCAGUGCUGAUUUGUCUCUGUUUAUGUGAGGCACUAUAAAUGUGUUUUAUAAUGUUUUGUACAAGAUACUGUAAGAUUUUGGAGGGCUCUUCUUGUCACCUGUUAUAUUAAAGCUGCAGCUAUUUCUGGAAA